AUGCAAAUCGUGGAACGGCAAGCGACCUAUGGCAGCCGAUUCUACUGCGUUCGCGACGCGCUGACCCAAGAAAGUGUCACACUAGCCGUAAACAGUCGCGGAAUUUUCGUCUACACCGUUGGAGAUUUAUUGGAGCCGGUACAGAGCUUCGAAUGGCGCCAUUUGGACAACCUCUACUACAAGGAGCACGAGUUCUCGUUAGGGUUGAAAAGACAAAAACCCCAGCCGAUGGAGACGGACGAUGAGCUGCAAAAGGCGUGCUGUGAUCCGACUACUAGGUUCAACACCGUGCAACGUAAGGGACGACCCCCGGUUUGCCCAUCGACUCCGGCAAAAUCCACGGGAGAAGACGUGGACAACCAGUGCUUCAUCUGCGACAGCCACCUUUUGUGCCGGGCUUUGUGGGCGGCGGCGGUGGCGCAGCACAAAUUUUAUCUGGCUAGGCACUACCGUACUCUCGUCAAGAUGCUAAUCGCCCAUGCCCUCUGCAGUCUUCCCUAUCAAGCCAUUGUCGAGCUGGAUACGAAAUCCCGUUCGACGGUGCAGACGAGCCCGCGGGAGGCCGGUGAGCGAAUCGAUCGACUUGUCUCCAGUGCUUCUAUCGCUUCGAGUCUGCCGUCGCUCAGCUCUCUGCACUCGACCUCAUCCUCCUCGAUGCCGUCGGCAAGGGUGGCCGAUGGAUCAUCAUCCACCACAUCACUGCCCGCCCUCAUCAAGCAGGCCGAGUAUAAGCACUUUAAAGUAAAAACCACCGACGAUCGGGCCAAGGAUGCCAUUCGGUAUCGAGUACUUUUGAAGCGGAAGGCCGAAAUUGACAGUCUACUAGCCGCCAAGAUGAGCGAGCUCAAGGAGGUGUGCAUCGCCGAGGGGGAGCUGACCGGUGAGAUGCCCCCGGAAAUGCGCGAUGCCCUCGAGAUCGGGGAAGAGGUGCCGAAGCUACGUCGACGCGUCGGCACCGGAUUUCAGCUGCCAAAAUCGCUGCUCGGGAGUCCGAAGGUCGGUUUU